AUGGGUAUAAGCUUAGAAGAUUUCGUCGUUUCGCAGCACAGCGGCGACUCAAUCGUAAAAUUUCCUCCUUGUGUGGACAAGUCAAACAAGUAUUUGUUCUGUUGUUGCGGUAAUUCGAUUAACGUGUACAGCGUGACAACCGGCCUCCAGAUUGCCGUACUUGCGCAUGAUGCCGAAGUAAUCGGUGUUUACGUGAGUCCGUCCAACUGCUUCCAGCUACUCACCUGCACCACCGCUGGCGAAGUCGUUCAAUGGGAUUACGUAGAUUGUAUUAAACUCAAGACGUGGAAAACAUUGCAAUCGAGAGCAAAUGUCAAGCUGUUCUUUGUUACCAAAACGCCUGCUAACACGGUUUACCUGUGUUCUCAGGACCAGGAUGAGAACUGA